AUGACAAGUCGUCGCAUAGCAGAGGAGAAGAUAUUGCCGCACUGGCAGGACUAUCCCUCCACAGGCUGGGAUCAUUGGAUCCGGCUUCUGGAUCUCGGUGAAUGCAUCUUCCCUGACGUUCCGCGAACGCAUCACAUCGGAAAUAAGAAGGCGUCCACCGUCGUGCGGGCAGACCACAAGCAGCGGCUGGCGAAUAUGGCGAUGCUCCCGGACCAUUUGCUUGUCCGGUUUGACUUAAACCCGGACCUACAAAUGAGUGGCGGAAGUAAAGACGAAAGCUGGCGGGCUAAUAUGGCGGGAAAAGCGGUAGAGGUUGCGGUUGCAGCGGCCAAAAGUGCUGGACAAGAAGUGGAGAAGAGUCAUGUCAUCGCAGCUGGCGGCACCACGGAAAAUGCAGCGGCACCUUCAACACCCAAUACUAAAGGCAGUCAGGUAGCGCCACCGCCACGGCAAGCUCCCGCUGACAAUCGGGCUCUUUCGGCAUUACGCUCAUUUUUCCACAAUGAUGUCUCCGGAGAGUCUCUCACCGACGAGGGCGGCGUUUUUGCAGGUUUUUCGAUCAACCGCAAAGCCGACGUAGCGUAUGACUACAGCUACCUGCGCUCUGCGUUCGCGUAUCGGGCGUGGGAAAGUGAUCUCCUCUCGUGGGUUCUCGUGCAGGAGCCAAAGCAGAAGCAUCAGCCAGACAUGCCAGCACCGGGAAGCGGUCCGAAAAGCCCGAUUCGCUUCUCAGAAAGUUCUGCAGUAUCCUUGGCGCCAGACACGCACUUUAUAUUGUCUGAACACCUUUUGCUAUAUCACGGCAUCAAUGACCAUUCCAUUACGCACGGUUCUGCGACCUUGGAGGUGGACUGGCCGCGCAUGUUCAUAACUUUCAAACUGCCCCGCUAUUUGGAGGCGGCUUCCAGCAAAACGCAAGCUAUCUCGGAGGCACUUACAGCAACCGGCGGCUUUCUGCAAAUCCUGGUGUAUCGGCGUGAGG